UAUCGCAUCAGGUUUUGAAUCGCGAUCACGUCGGCCAGCUCCUCUAAUCGUUCUUCAAACGCCAACGGGUCGCGUCCUCCAUCGUAUAUCACCGACCACUUGCGCACCUGGUCAAUGACGGGCGCAACAGUAAUGGUAGGUACCUGGUUGCCGUUGGUUAGUAGGUCAGCGCUUGGUGCGAUGGAUGUCGUUGGUGGGUGUUGCGGUAGCGGUUGUGUACUCAGUGGUGGAUGUGCUAACAGGCUCUGCAUUGGCAGCCUAACGGACGCAUUAGCGGUCCUUUCGCCUUGGUUCAUGGGUAACGGUAUCUUUGGUUCACUUUCGUCUCCCCAGGAGGCCUCGUGUUCGUUGUAUGCUGCUUCCAUCGCGAGAAAUUUUGCGUGAAGCUCCAGGUCGACGAUUGCUUUGGUGGUCCAUGCCGCUAUGCGUUUUCGAAUGUCUCGAGUGGUGCCUGUGUGUUCGAUGCCCAAUUCCUGCGUGAUUUACACCAACUGCUUUUUAGAUAUGCUUUCCAGCCAUACUAUGCUCACGGGUUCCUUCAUGGCCGGUUUAGUUAUCGGUUGCGAAAUGUUCUCUUUGUAGUGUACUAUUUGCAGGGUCCCUGCUCGGGCGCCAAUUGUAACAAAGCGCUUUAUUCUGAAGGCCCCGACGCUUCUGUUUUCUGUGCUACGGUAUACUCGCUGUGCCCAGAGUCCGCUACAAUAAAUUUAUAUUGUGGGGUCUUUGCAAAUAGUCAGGGUUGUUGUGGAAACUGACCUUUGUCGGAAUCGGAAUUGAAACCGAUGAAAAAUUCGCGUUGGUGUCAUGCAUUCCGAUAUUAUCGGUUUGAUGUUUGAAUCGGAAUUAAUAUCGGUUUUUGGUGUCAUAGAAACUAAUUUUAUCGGUUUGCUUAUCGGAAAUAAACCAAGCAGCUUAUCGCUGUCAGAAUUUUAUUUGAGUUUUGUUCUUUCUUGGUGGAUAUUUUGCUAAUAUGGGAUAACACAAGAACAAUGUACAAAAUUCCAUUAUAGUGGAAUUCAUGGAAUAUAAUCCCGAUAUCGCAAAGGGCUACACGAAACGCGAUAAGCCCUUUGUUAAUGCUCUUUGGGAAAAGUUAACAAAUUCCCUAAAUAGCGCAGGCCCACCCCAAAAGGAUGCUAAUGGAUGGAAGAAGACGUGGACUGAAUGGAAGAGUGAAAUUAAAAAAAAAAUUUCACACAACAAAUGCGAAGCUCGAGCUACUGGUGGGCCCUUUACCAAACACCAAUUAACACAAUUAGAAGAAUCGGUUGUACGUAUAUGUGGAAUUGCUCAAUCGGUCUAUGGUGUUACAGGCGUUGCACUUGGCCAAACAGAAUCUGCGAAGGACCUUCUUAUCGAUGAAACGAACAACGAAAUGGCCUCAACUUCAUCUAAGCGGCAAGUGGAGCCUUCUAAUUUUUCUAGCACCCCAAACGAAAUACCAUCAACGUCAAAUAAGCGACAAAUGGAGCCUUCCACUAUUUGUAGCACCCCAAAAAGGCCAAGAGUGGAAAGCACAGGGCAACGUUUCAAGAAAUUUUUAGAUGAGGAAACCGAAAUAAAGUUGGAAAUGAACGAGAAGUUGGAUGAGCUGAUCAAAAUUGGAAAAGAAAACCAAAGAAGUUUUAGACGUAUGUAUCGUGCUGUCGACAACUUUGUGAGCGUCAGUACGCAAAUUUUAACAGUGCUGCAAGAAAGAAAUCAAAUUGAAAAAACAGCGACUAGAUCUCCAAAAACAACCAAAUGCUAAUAAGUGGUCUCAUUUUUAAUGAAAAAUAGUUUUUAAGUUUUAAGUACCUUGUAAUCUGAGAAAAAAUACUUAUUUUUAUUUUUUAUGUACAUACACAUACAUACACUGGAAAUGAAAAGUGAGUGCCUGGUGGUGUUUGAUGGAUAUUUGCAGUGUUUUUUGUGUUAAUUUUUUUGUUAUUUUUUAUAAAAAUAUGGUUCAUGCUUUAAC